AUGUCGACCAGAAGCAGCAGGAAAGCAAAGUCCCUUAACGGCAAGUCAAUAAUACCUCGCGAAAAACAAGAACAGAAAGUGGUGCUUGACCCUAUUUCCUUAGUGUCACCCGGCCAAACAAUACACAAUAACAACAAUACGAUUGCAAAACUACAAAAAGAUUCUGCGUUCGAGCCUUUUUCUGAAGACUCUGACGGAUUCACUGAACGGCUUGCUAAGCGAACAGAGGUUCCCGCUUCUACUCAGAGUGAGCGGAAACAAAACGAGGAAGAUUCGCAUAAUAUGAUGAUUGAACAAACACAACAGGAGACCAUCGAAUCUGUUAAAUCUGAGCCUGAUGAUGAUAAACCUGUAUCAGCUAGACUUCGACAAAGGAAUAGCACUAGCUAUCCCCCUAGUGUUUACGGAAACGGUAGAAAACCACGAAAAAAAUCGAUAGUUGGUAAAAAGCUACGGUAUAAGUCGACGAGUAGUCGACAUCAAUCUAGAACACAGUCCGCAACUGAGAAUGAAGCGGACGAAGAAGACGAAUCUACGUUUGUUGGAUCUAGUUAUAAUAAUCAUCCUGAUAAUAACGAUAAUUUAAUAUUAGAAGAUGAAAAGACAACUAAUCUCUUAUUUCAACCUGAAGAAGUGGCGGUAGAAACUGCCCCGUUCGUUGGAAAUGUAACGGAAACAAAGGAAGAAUAUUCGAUACCGCAACUCGAA